AGAGCGAGAGAGAGAGAGAGAUGAGCGCUCGUAAAGUGUAAAUCAGGUGUAGUCGCUGGCUGACUUGGUGAGGCUCAGGCAGCAUCCCUUUAAUGUGUUCAUACUAUUCAACAUUGUGCUGCUCUAGCCAGCCAUAACCCAAGCCUAUUUCUCCCAAACAACCUACGCAAGGGUGUUUGUUGGUUGCGUGCGUCGUGCACCCCUACCGGACCGAGGGCAGCUCUGUGUGUAUUUUCCAAUAAUAAGAGGCUGUCGCCAGCAGCGCAUCCUCACGUCACGGACCGUGCGGACGGACGGAGGGACACCGGAGACUCGGGAGAACAACUCCUCGUUCCUCACGGCGCAGGAGGAGGAGGAGGAGGUGCAAGGCAUGCGACGAGAGGGGGAGCGCCUCUCAACUACCGAGCGCUCACUUGUGGAUUAUAACCGGACCAGUAGUGUUCAGUAGAUCAACUAGUCUCCUGUUUUCCUUUAUUUUUGUCUGACUCCUGCAGGAGUGUCUGACCCAACAUGAACAUGUCCCCGCCCGACCGGAGGAAAAACAUCCGCGCCUUGGCUCUGGAGAUCGGCAUCCGCGUUCUUCUUUUCGGAGUUUUUGUAUUCACUGAGUUCCUGGAGCCCUUCGAGCGCGUGAUCCAACCGGAGGAGCUGUGGCUGUACAAGAACCCGCUGGUGGAGUCCGACCACAUCCCCAAGAGAGUCAUGUUUGCCAUCUCCUUCCUCACUCCCUUGGCCGUCAUAUUUGUGGUGAAGAUCAUUCGGAGGACGGACAAGACGGAGAUCAAAGAGGCGUGUUUAGCUGUGACACUGGCUCUGGCGCUGAAUGGAGUCUUCACAAACACCAUCAAGUUGAUCGUGGGCAGGCCCAGGCCGGACUACUUUCACCGCUGCUUUCCAGACGGGCAGAUCAAUCCCAAGAUGCUUUGCACCGGUGAACAGGAGCUGGUCUCAGAGGGCCGCAAAAGCUUCCCGAGCAGCCAUUCCUCCUUUGCGUUCUCCGGCCUGGGCUUCACCUCCUUCUACCUGGCGGGGAAGCUGCAAUGCUUCACGGACCAGGGUCGUGGACGGAGCUGGCGUCUCUGCGCCAUGGUGCUGCCCCUCUACAGCGCCAUGAUGAUCGCCCUCUCCCGCACCUGCGACUACAAGCACCACUGGCAAGACGCCGUGGUGGGCGGGCUGAUCGGCUUUCUGUCCGCGUACUUCUGCUACCGCCAGCACUACCCUCCCUUCCUGCACGCUGAGUGCCACCUGCCUUACGCCAGCCUGGCCGCCAACGCCGCCGCCGCGCGUCUGACCUUGCACCCCCUCCAGGACGAGCAGCCCACCGACAACUCCACCACCCUGCCCCUGGAGGGGCUGAACGAGGGGCCCGUAUGACUAGUGCCCCUGGGGAGCUCCACCCCCCCAUCAGCCAUCCGGCGCAGCCCCCCACCACCACCCGACCCCUCUUGACCCGUUCAGCCCGCCACCAGCGCUGCACACGCCUCCAGUGACUGACUGACUACGAGUCAUCGUGUCGUACACAUUCCAGUAGAGAAGAGAUGGCUCAAUGGCCACCAUCUCUUUUGGGGUCUCUCUCUCUCUCUCUCUCUCUCUCUCUCUCUCUCUCUCUCUCUCUCUCUCUCUCUCUCUCUCUCUCUCUCUCUAUCACUCUCUCUCUCGAUCACUCUCUCUCUUACACAUUCUCAAUCACUCUCUCUCUUACACAUUCUCAAUCACUCUGUUCUCUCUCUCUCUCUCUCUCUCUCUCUCUCUCUCUCUCUCUCUCUCUCUCUCUCUCUCUCAUAUCCAUUAUCGGUUGCAUCACUUCUGGUUAGUCUACAUUUAGUUUUGUAUGAAAGGGGAACAUAAAAAUACGUGACAACAUAUACAGGCAUAAAAACAUAAAAAAUCCUGUUAACAAAAAAAUGCUAAUAAGGAGUGAGAUCCAAGCUUAAGUUCCAAGAGAUAGCAUGUGUAAAAGGCAAAAGCUUUCUCAUUUAUUGGUUUCGAUGAUUUCAUACCAUUAGUAUUAUUAUAAUUUGAAUGACUAUAAAUAAGAACUGGUUUUAGGUUUUGUCUCUAAACGUAAGCGUUUUAUAAAUGAGCGUGUGGAGUGCGUUUGGAGGAUGGCCGGUUUAUGCAGCCUCUCCUGGCUCGAGUCAGACUGAUUGGACUCUGGGGCUGAGUGAGGCUGCACACCUGUUGUGCAUUAAAUAAUCAAUUUUCUGAAGCACAGGUUCAACCAGCAACCACCGCCGACCCUCUGUGAGGUGUCCUGCAAGGAACCAUGUGACACCUCCCGCUCUAACCGUUUAUAACAUCGACCCCCGAAAUAAUAAAAAGACGAUCAUCCACACACACUCCUUACGAGGCAAACACUGCAGCUCAGAGAAGCUGCUUCUGAAUAAGUUAUCCAUGACAACGGCAUGUUGAAUAUGAAUGAGAAUAGAAUCUAUCAGUAGAGGUUUUCUUUUUUUAAUUUAAUCUUUAUCUCUUGGAAAAGUGCAAUGUCCUAAUUUAAUCCAACCCUGACACGGUGUGUAGUACCUUCAUCUUUUUAAAGCAUAUUAACUGAGAACGGUUCAGCCAACACAGGCAGGUGGAACUUGCAAGGCAGAGGGGGAAUAUUGUGCCGGUAUCCAAUCAAAUAUUAAUUCUGGGUUCCUAUUAUCGGCGGUUAGGCAGUGCCAAAGAGAGAGCCACGGGGAAUGAGACUCUGUUCCCUCGGAAGCAGACAUCUGAAAGUAAAACACAACGUAUCUCCACACUAAAUAUUAUCUUCAUGGCAAUAUUUUGCUCUCCUGUUUCCAUUUCAUUUGCCGUAACUUCAGAUUGCAUCUUUCAGAUUUCUAGUUUCCUUUAAACAAGCGUGAGCAGCCUUAUCGAUUAAUCCACUUGAAAGCGAUUGAUAUGACCAUGCUGUGUGUUCGCUGUUGACUACUGUAUGAUCGACAAACCCGGAGCACAGGGAGACACAUGCAAACUAUAGACACGCUCUGCAACGAAACUACUAGCAUGUAGCGCACAUAGGAGCAGACACUCGGUUAGCGUGGCAACAACCCCUUCUAACAGUGUAGAAGCGUAUCUUAUAUUGGCUUGUAUUAAUAUUUGAUACAGCUUAUAAUUAGCCUGGUAUUAUAAUAACCAUCAUAAGCCCUUGAUGUAUUUAGUCCAGUAGGGAGUCAAGGCUUUGGGAUGUUUUUAAAAAGGAUGAUCCACACUUAAAGUCACUUUAUCACACACAAAUCAAACUUAAGUUUUCUGAGUAUAUAUGUAUGUGUGUGUGUGCGUUUGGGGUUGGUGUGUAUGUGACGUCUGCGCUUGUGUCUGUGUGUAUGUGUGGAAUUCUGUGCGGGACAUGGGUAGAUGUAUGGGUGUGGAUGUGCGUGUGUGUGUGUGUGUCUGCAUGUGUGCGUGUGUGUGUCUUAGUGCGUGCAUGGUCCUUCUGAUCAGUCCAGUGGUCACAGACCAGUGCCAGGCUGGUGCAAUACAAUACAAAACCAAUCACAUGUCACGUGUGAACCUCCUAUUCCUGUACCCCGCAUUGUAAAGAGGGUCCUACCAUGUCCUAUCAAAGGUGCUAGGCUACGCACAUCAAGCUAAACAGAGACAGACCAUCACAUAGACCACCGAUGGCUUUGUUCAACGGUUGACAUCGCUAGUGUCGAAACAGUUGCUACACAGAGUCCGGUUGCCGUCGGCAACAACACCGCACUUGUUUAUUAGAAAAUGUAUAAAAGCAAAGCUGAUGAGCUUUGUUGGCAUGUGAGAGAGACGCUUUGUCAGUGAAGUCUCAUAGGUUAAGAGGUAGUCUAUGAUGUAGUCCCCGGGUAAGCACUAUACCGCAGAGUUUCCUUGUGUAUGCAUUGUGGCUUAUUUCUAAAGCGUCGUCGUGUGAAGAUAACAAAGAAGACGUUCUUUCGAGUACGGUUGUUUUGUUUUCUCCGGAUUCCGCAUCCGAUGUCUUUUGUUUUGUUUUUCACCCAUUUUACCAUCUCAUGGAUUGAAGGAAAAAAAAACACAAGAGAGGUAUUUGAUUCCAUAAGACACGAAUAAAAUGUUUCAGAAGUAAAACACAAAAGAACGUAGGACUAGGAGCUUACCUUAUCUUUGAAUGUAGCAUGCCAGUUCCAUUUGUGAAGAGAAACCACUAUUUUCAAUGACUUAGCAUGUCUGGCCUUGACAAUAUGUUUGAAAACGAUGUAUCUUUUGCUGUUUAUGAAGUUAUGUGUACCACAACAAGGGGACUGCGGCUGUGAGCGACGGACCACCGAGGAAAACAGAGGAACCGCUCGUGUCUUAAUCCAUCUUGAUAAGUGGAACCUUUUAUCCGUGGCCCCGGAGUGAGAGAGACCGAGGGGCCACCGGGAUACAAAACAAAAGGAUUAAAGGAUUAAAGCGGAGCAGAUACUGUACACCUUGAUGAUCAGAAGAUAAAUAUGAUGAUCCGGUUUCUUAUUAUUAUGUGUGUAAAUGAACAACGGCAUAUUAUGCAGCAGCAGAUGUUCGACAUGUCCAACUCAUCCUGGGUUCUUCAUUCUGCUUGAUGAAUCCAUGCUUCAGUGAACUCCUUGGCAUAACUGACACUGAUUGCUGUGUGUGUGUUUGUGGGUGAGUGUGUGUGUGUGUGUGUGUGUGUGUGUGUGUGUGUGUGUGUGUGUGUGUGUGUGUGUGUGUGUGUGUGUGUGUGUGUGUGUGUGUGUGUGUGUGUGUAUGCACCUGUGAAAGUGUGUGUGUGUGGCGUGCGUGGGGGUCAACGAGUGUGUCAACGUGCUGCUAAUGGAAUAGUGUGUCGUGUUGUUUCACGUCGGUCGUGCUGCACUUUUGUUUUUGGGUGUUUCCAAUAAAGCUGUUCUAACUUUA